CUUUUUUUUUUUUUUUGCUUUUUUCUUUCUCUUUUUCUGUGUUUUCUUUUUUAGACGUAUAUAUAAAAAAAAUGGUUUCUAUUACAGUAUCAGAAAACGCUACAACACAAACCAAGUUUAAAUAUGGAUUAGAGUUAAAGACAGCAGCUAUUCCUGAGCCCACAUCGGAGCAAUCACUUGUCAAAAUCCAGGCAACCUCUCUCAACCACCGUGACCUUUGGAUUUUAAAGGGCAUGUAUCCUGGUAUUGUACUUGGUUCCGUGCUAGGUUCCGACGCGGUUGCUUACAUCAUCAAAAACCCUUCCUCACAACUUUCCUUGGGCCAACGCGUGGUGAUCAAUCCAAGCAUUGGUUGGAUUGCGGAUGAACGUGGACCCGAAACCAAAUUGGCCAUCUUGGGUUUAUUACCUUGUCCUGGCACACUCACCGAAGAACCCAUUGCCAUUCAUCAUGACGACAUUGUGCCUUGUCCACCUCAUCUCUCUGACGCAGAGGCUGCUUGUUUACCCAUUGCCGGUGUCACAGCGUACAGAGCUUUAUUCACAAAGGCACUUGUUAAGAAGGGCGAGCAUGUGUUGAUUACUGGCAUUGGUGGUGGUGUUGCAUUAUUUGCACUUCAAUUCGCUGUAGCUGUGGGAGCUCAUGUGUAUGUUACUUCCUCCAGUCCUCAAAAGAUCCAAAAGGCCAUUGCCUUGGGUGCCGUUGGCGGUGUGAAUUACAAGGAUGAGAAUUGUGUGGGAGAGUUGAAGAAGCUGCUGGGAAAGAACUUAUUGUCGGCGGUGAUUGAUGGUGCGGGAGGACCAUUGUAUAGUGCAUAUCCACGCAUGAUGCGUGAUGGAGGGAUUGUAGCUAAUUAUGGACAAACGGCAGAUGUCAGUGGAGUUCGAUUCAACAUGGCCUAUGUGCUCAAGAAUAUUGAUAUCAAGGGAUGUACCAUGGGCUCUCGUAAAGAGUUUAGAGAGAUGGUAAAGUUUGUGGAUGAGCACAAGAUUCAACCUGUAGUAUCACAAGUCUGGAAUGGAUUAAAUAACGAAUCCAUUGAUCAAGCCUAUGCCUCCAUGAUUAAUGGAGAGCAGUUUGGUAAAUUGGUGAUCGAGUUUGGUAAGCAAAGUAACAGCCCCAAGCUUUAAAUUGGAACUGAGGAUAAAGAUGCUAUAAAUAGUGAUUUAUAUAAAAAAAGAGUGUCUCUCCUUUUGUUAAAAGUAGUAGUAAAAAAGCUUAUAUAUUGAAGUCUGG